GGACCUGCUGAUGGAAUUUUGUUUAGCUGAUGCGCACGUGUUUAUCAUGUCAUGGAUAGUGAAGCUACAAUUCAAGGAACUUUAAGAUACAUGUAGGGAGGAUUGAUUGAUUUUCAAAGCAUUGUUUCAGGGACAGAAGGGCCAAAAUAACAUGGACACAAAAAGUACAAGUCUGGUAGUCCACGUCAAUGGACAAAAGAUUGUAAAGGAAAAUGCAAAACCAGAGACAACUCUAUUGCAGUUCCUCAGACGGGAAUUAUGCCUGACUGGUACAAAGUUGGCUUGCGGAGAUGGUGGAUGUGGGUCUUGCACGGUGAUGAUCUCUAGCUACAAUCCCAGCAGCAAACAAAUAAGGCACCUCAGUGUGAAUGCCUGCCAAAUGCCUUUAGUAGCUGCGCAUGGUUUAUCUGUUACUACUGUUGAAGGGAUAGGUAGUACAAAAACUAAACUCCAUCCUGUGCAGGUAUGUAUCCUGAUAGCAUUGCGCAAGUGUAAGUGAACUCGC